AUGGCGUGUCUCAUCUUGUUCAACUCAAAGAUACCAUGGUGUCUGGCUGUUGUUCUGCACAUCAUGACCCAUUGUUGUGAGGCUCCAACGAACCUUGCUGAUCAGACCACAAUCACGAACAUAUGGUCAAUUUCGUGGAUCAGCUCGGAAUAUACCUCGACAAUAUAUCACCAGCUUGAGCUCUGCGGAUCAGCUCGAAUAUACCUCAACGAAUAUAUCGCCAGCUUGACGAGGGAAGUGACUCGAUCUCUUUGCAGCUCAAAAUUCAGCAGACAGGGACAUGAGGCAUGCAGUAAAGGCACAUCUGCACACCAGCAAUUCUUCACCACACCGACUACCAUGAGCUAUAUCUACUAUGCUAAUGACUGCGAAGGUGACAGCAAUUUCACCAAUACCACCUCUACCAGAUACUUCCCAGAUCUCCUGACUGAAAGUGAAGAUCCCGAUGAUGAGUUUCUCUCGAUCAACGAGAUCGAUUGGGACAACCCAGCACUCUACACCAUGCCGCUUACGAGCGACGAGAUAGCAGCUCUCACGUCCAAUACUACAGCCACCAACAACACACCACAGCUCCCUACCCCCUCAUUAGUCACAAACUCGCACCCCGAUCUCCCUGCUACCCCACCAGUCACAACUUCAAACUCGCCCCCUGAUAUUCCUCCUGGUGAACCUUCUGAAACACACUCCCUCAGUCAUGAGAGUUCAGAGCCCCUGCGCCAGGCUAAUUCAUCCAGCUGGGCAGCACGGAACCCAACACACCCUAUCAUCCUCCUCGUACACCACCGCCCUCGACUCACAGAUGCACAGAAGGCUUCUCGCAAGAUCAAGAGGGACCAAAAGAUUGAGAGAAUGAAGCGCUUACACGAUGCCAAAACGAAGAUUGAAGCACUGUCACGGGCUCACAACGUCACUCCGAAGCAAAUUAACAAUAUCAUUGGGAGUCAGACACACUAUCGCACAUCACGCAAGAGUCAAUUAAUCAAUGCCCUUGUUCACGCCAAGGCAAUGGAGGUGAACGUAGAUCUACCUGCAGGCUCUAGAUACAGUUUGGCGGAGCUCGCGACAUGGUCGCAAAUGACCCUCAAACAAAAGUUUGACAAAGGACGAAAAGGCCGCUCACAUCAUGGCCCUCGAGGAGUAUCGUGA